GCGUGGCGGGGGACGAUCGCAGCUGAGCUCCGCUGAGCCCGCAGGGGCCGCCAUGGGCGACUGCGAGCGCAACAAGAAGCGGCUGCUGGAGCUGCUGCAGAGGGCGGGCACCGGCAACGCGCACUGCGCCGACUGCGGGGAGCCGGAUCCCGACUGGGCCUCUUACAAGCUGGGAAUCUUCAUUUGUCUGAACUGCUCUGGCGUCCACCGCAACUUCCCAGCCAUCAGCAAAGUUAAAUCCGUGAGACUUGACUUCUGGGAGGACAGCAUUGUGGAGUUUAUGACGCACAACGGGAACCUCCGUGUGAAGGCCAAGUAUGAAGCCAGAGUCCCUGCUUUCUACUAUGUUCCCCAAGCCAACGACUGCUUGGUCUUAAAGGAACAAUGGAUUCGAGCUAAAUAUGAGAGACAGGAGUUUAUGGCUGAUGGGAAAACCAUCUCACCCCCAGGUAACCGCGAAGGGUUCCUGUGGAAGCGGGGAAGGGACAACGCGCAGUUCCUGAAAAGGAGGUUUGUCCUCCUGGCAAGAGAAGGCCUCCUGAAGUACUACACUAAAGAAGAGGGUAAAGGCCCCAAAGCUGUCAUCAGCAUCAAGGACUUGAAUGCCACCUUCCAGACAGAGAAGAUAGGGAACCCCCACGGGCUGCAGAUUACCUACAGGAGAGAGGGUCACGUCAGGAACCUGUUUGUGUACCAUGAAAGUGGGAAGGAGAUAGUGGACUGGUUCAAUGCCCUCCGCGCAGCCCGUCUGCAGUACCUAAAAAUGGCCUUUCCUGAGCUUCCAGAAUCUGAGCUCGUGCCCCUCAUCACCAGGAAUUACGUCAAACAAGGCUUCAUGGAAAAGACUGGUCCAAAGCAGACAGAACCUUUCAAGAAACGGUGGUUCGCCCUGGAUUCUCAGGAGCGGAGGCUACUCUACUACAAGAACCCACUGGAUGCUUUUGAGCAGGGCCAAGUUUUUAUUGGGAGUAACGAGCAGGGCUAUGACAUCUACGAAGACCUGCCCAAGGGCAUUCGAGGGAAUCACUGGAAAGCUGGCCUCACCAUUGUCACUCCACAGCGGAAAUUUGUCUUCACCUGCCCUACAGAGAAGGAGCAGCGGGAAUGGCUGAGGAGUCUGCGGGAUGUCCUGUACCGCCCCUUGACCCCCCUCAACCACCUCACAAAAAUGUUCCUGGAGGAGUUCCUUCUUUGUGCACAUUUUAGAAGAAAUAUUAGAAACUAACACCUGCAUUGACCAUUACCUGCUCUGGAAGGAAAGACGCAAGCUGAGGAGGCAUCUCUACCGGACCAUGGUCUGGCCCCAUCACUAACUUGAGGCCAUUGGGAAAACUCACGUCCUCACCUCUGUGCCUUUUUUUUUUAAAUAGGUUUUAUUUUUUUUAGAGCAGUUUUAGAUUUACUGAAAAAUUGUGCAGAAAGUACAGAGUUCCCGUAUACCCUCUGCCCUGCACACUGUUUCUCCUGUUCCUAUGGUGGAGCCCUGGUGGUGCAGUGGUUAAAGCACUUGGCUGCUAACCAAAAGGUUGGUGAUUCAAACCCGGCAGCCACUUGGUGGGAGAAAGAUGUGACAGUCUGCUUCUGUAAAGAUUUACAGUCUUGGAAACCCUAUAGGGCAGUUCAGCUCUGUCCUAUAGGGUUGCUAUGAGUCGGAAUCAGCUCAACCGCAGUGGGUUUGAUUUGGUUUAUUCCUAUAGUACAUUUGUUACAACUGAUGAACUGAUACUGUUAUUAUUAAUUGAAAUCCACACUUUACAUUAGGGUUCACUCUUUGUGUUGUACAGUCCUAUGGGUUUUGACCAAUGCUUAACGUCAUGCGUCCCUCAUUACAGUAUCAUACAGAAUAAUUUCAUCACCCUAAAAAUGCCCUCUGUUCCUCCUAUCCUCCCUCCCCCCUCCUGUUGACACUCUGGCAACCACUGAUCAUUUCUCACUGUCAGUAUAGUUUUGUCUUUUCCAGAAUGUCACAUAUUUGGAAUCAUACAGUAUAUACCAGAUGAUUGACUUCUUUCAUUUAGCAAUAUGCAUUUAAAUUUCUGCCACAUGUUUUCCUUCAUGUCUUUUCUUGGCUUGAUAGCUCAUUUAUUUUUAUCAUGUCCUUAGGUUUUUUUUUUUCUCUUUGAAAUGAGGAAAUUGUGUAAAUAUUGAAAUUCAGUAUAUGUAGCAAGCAUUUUUGAGCACCAUCUAGGUGCCAAAGCCUGGGAAUAGGCAGGAACAAGAUGCUGUGGUCCCUGCUGUCACAGUUAGAAGUUAUUGGGGGAUGCAGCCCCUAAAACGGCAGUACAAUGAGGCAAGUGGUCAGAAAGGGGAUGUACAGGCUGCUGUGUGAACGUGUGGCAAUAGGUUUUACCCUAAUUGAGGGGGAAAGGGAAGCCUCCUUCCUCUUCAGAAAGUGACAUUUAAGCUGAAAACUUAUAGCUAUUUAAAAGCUGGUCAAAGGGAAGAAGAAGAGGAAAGCAUUCUAAGGCUGAGGGAAGAAAAUGUUCAAAAUUAGGAGAUGGGGAAGAUGAUCACACAUUUAAGAAACUGAAAGAAAUCUUGAAUGUCUGAAAUGUGACAGAAACAGAUGGCCAAGAUCUCCUCUCUGUGAUUCUUUGUUCAUUUCAUCUCCUUUCCAGUGAUGUGGGGAAAUACACUCCAUGUUCUCCAUUUCAGUGGGGAUCCAGAGGGUUGGGAGGGUCUUUAAGAGGCUCCCUGCACUUGAUGGAAUUUUCCUUUGGAUCCCCCAAUCAGAGGACAAGCAUCACCAACAGGAUUUCUCUUUUCUGAAGCUCCUGAUGGCUCAGGUGAAGAGGUGGGGGUCUUCCCUUGGCUCCUAAAGCAUCUUAAAAACGCCUGUGUUUUUAGCACCUGAGAGAUUGUGAUGUACAUGUCAGUUUAUUUGUCUGCCAUGAACUCUGUGGGGUACACUCUGCUAAGUUCUGGGGUUGAGAAAAUGAAUAUGGCACAGUCCCUGCCCUCAAGGAACUUAAGGUCCAGAAAGAAAGUAAACAAGCAGUAAUGAAACUACUCACGGAGCGAAACUAGGAUUCUAAGGGAGGGAGUUUAGAGACCAUCAAGAAUAGAUUUGAUGCUUUGAAUACUAACUACCUGAAGAUGAGACAAGUUAUGGGAUGACAACAACGACAUCAUACAUGAAGAAAGCAAAAAGUCAAUAAAAAGACAGAAAAGAAAGAAAAGACCAAAAUGGAUGUUGGAAGAGACUCUGAAACUUGCUGUUGAACAUAGAGUAGCUAAAACUAAUGGAAGAAGUGAUGAAGUAAAAGAGCUGAACAGAAGAUUUCAAAGGGUGGCUCUAAAAGGCAAAGUAUUAUAUGACAUGUGGAAGACUGGAGUUACAGAACCAAAAGAGAAGAACAUGCUCAACAUUUCUCAAGCUGAAAGAACUAAAGAAAAAAUUCAAGCCUCGAGUUGCAAUAUCGAAGGAUUCUAUGGGCAAAAUAUUGAAUGAUGCGGGAAGCAUCAAAAGAAUAUAGAAAGAAUACACAGAGCCACUGUACCAAAGAGAAUUGGUCAACGUUCAACCACUUCAGGAGGUAGUGUAUUAGCAAGAAACGAUGGUACUGAAGGAAGAAGUCCAAGUUGCACUGAAGGCUUUGGCAAAAAACAAGUCUCCAGGAAUUGAUGGGAUACCAGUAAAGAUGUUUCAACAAAUGGAUGCAACGCUGGAAGCACUCACUUGUCUAUGCCAAGAAAUUUGGAAGACAGCUACCUGGACAACCAACUGGAAGAGAUCCAUACUUGUGCCCAUUCCAAAGAAAGGUGAUCCAAUAGAUGUGGCAAUUAUGGAACAAUAUCAUCAGUAUCACAUGCAAGUAAAAUUUUGCUGAAGAUAAUUUAAAAGUGGUUAUGGCAGUACAUUGAACCACCAGAAAUUCAAGCUGGAUUCAGAAGAGGACGUGGAGCGAGGAGUAUCACUGACACAGUGCCUGCAACAUUGGGUUCAAACCAGAAUAACUGUGAGGAUGGCACAGGACUGGGCAACAUUUCAUUCUGUUGUCCAUAGGGCUGCUAUAAGUUGGAACCAACUCGACGGCAGCUAACAACAAGGGGGGAGCCAUGGCAAAUAUAUAUAUAUAUAUAUCUCAUUAUAGCUACACCCUUCUCCUAUGCCUGGCAACCGCUCAUCUGUUUUCUGUCACUAUAGUACUUUUUGACGAUGCCAUAUAAAGGGAAUCAUGCAAUAUAUAAUCUUAGGGACUGGCUGGCUUUAUUCAUUUGGCGUAAUGACUUUGAGAUUCUCCCUGGUCACUGCGUGUAUCAAUAGUUCUUUGCUUUUUAUUGCUGAGUGGUAGUCCAGUAAGUGGCUGUACUACAGUUUGUUUAUCCAAUGAAAUAGUACUCAGCAAUAAAAAGGAACAAAUUAUUGAUACAUGCAAUAAUGCCGCAUAAUCAGGGUCAUGUGGUUGUUAGAUGCCAUUCAGUUUGCUCUUACUCAUAGAGACCCUACGUACAAUGAAACAAAACACUGCCCGGUCCGGUGCCAUCCUCACAAUAGUGGCUAUGUUUGAGCCCAUUGUUGCAGCCAUUGCGUCAAACCAUCUCGCCAAGGGUCUUCGUCUUAUUCACUGACCCUCUACUUUACUAAGCAUGAUGUCCUUCUCCAGGGACUGGUCCCUCCUGAUAACAUGUCCCAAUUACAUGAGACAAAGACUCGCCAUCUUCACUUCUAUAGAGCAUUCUGGCUGUACUUCAAAGACAGGUUUGUUUGCUCCUUGGGCAGUCCACGAUAUAUUGAAUAUUCUUUGCCAACACCAUAAUUCGAAGACGUCAAUUCUUCUUUGAUCUUCCUUAUUCAUCGUCCAGCUUUUGAAUGCUUACGAGGCGAAUGAAGAUACCAUGGCUCGGGUCAGGCACAUGUUAGUCCUCGAAGUGACAUCUUUGCUUUUUAACACUGUAAAGAUGUCUUUUGCAGCUGUUUUGCCUAAUUCAAUACAUUGUUUGGUUUCUUGACUGUUGCUUCCAUGGGUGUUGAUUGUGAAUCCAAGUAAAAUGGAAUCCUCUACAACUUCAAUCAUUUCUCCAUUUAUCAUGAUGUUGCUUAUUGGUCCACUUGUAAGGGUUUUUGUUUUCUUUAUGUUGAGGCGUAAUCCAUACUGAAGUCUGUGGUCUUUGAUCUUCAUCAGUAAGUGCUUCAAGUCUUCUUCGCUUUGAGCAAGCAAGGUUGUGUCACAUGCAUAUCACAGGUUGUCAAUGAGUCUUCCUCCAAUCCUGAUGCCCCAUUCUCAGACUAUUUGCUCAGAAUACAGAUUGAAUAAGUACGGUGAAAGGAUACAACCUGGACACAUACCUUUGCUGACUGUAAACCACACAGUAUCCCCUUGUUCUGUUAGAGUGACUGCUUCUUGGUCUAUGUACAGUUUCCUCAUCAGCAAAUUAAGUGUUCUGGAAUUCCCAUUCUUCACAAUGUUAGCCAUAGUUUGUUAUGAACCACACUGUUGAAUGCCUCAGCAUAGUCAAUAAAACACAGCUAAACAUCUUUCCGGUAUUCUCUACUUUCAGCCAAGAUCCAUCUGACAUCAGAGAUGAUAACCCUCAUUCCACGUCCUUUUCUGAAUCUGGCUUGAAUUUCUGGCAGUUCCCUGUUGAUGUACUGCUGUAACCACUUUUGAAUUAUAUUCAGCAAAAUUUUGCUUGCAUGUGAUAUUAAUUAUAUUGUUCCAUAAUUUUUGCAUUCUGUUGGAUCACCUUUCUUUGGAAUGGGCACAAAUAUGGAUCUCUUCCAGUUGGUUGGCCAGGUAGCCGUCUUCCAAAUAUCUUGGCAUAGACGAGUGCGUGCCUCCAGUGCUGUAUCCGUUUGUUGAAACUUCUCAAUUGGUAGUCCAUCAAUUCUUGGACCUUGUUUUUUGCCAAUGUCUUCAGUGCAGCUUGGACUUCUUCCUUCAAUACCAUCAGUUCUUGAUCGUAUGUUACCUCCUGAAGUAGUUAAACGUGGACCAAUUCUUUUUGGUACAGUGAUUCUUAUUCCUUCCAUAUUCUUUUGAUGCUUCCUGUGUUGUUCAAUAUUUUCCCUGUAGAACCCUUCAAUAUGGAAACUCGAGGCUUGAAUUUUUUCUUUAGUUCUUUCAGCUUGAGAAAUGCCAACCAUGUUCUUCUCUUCUGGUUUUCUAACUCCAGGUCUUUUCACAUUUCAUUAUAAUACUUUACUUUGUCUUCUCAAGCCGUCCUUUGAAAUCUUCUUUUCAACUCUUUUAUGUCAUUUCUUCCAUUUUCUUUAGCUACUCUAUGUUCAAGAGCAAGUUUCAGAGUCUCUUCUGACAUCCAUUUUGGUUUUAUUUUUCUUACUUGCCUUUUUUAAGGACCUUUCACUUUUUUCAUGUAUGUCCUUGAUAUCAUUCCACAACCUGUCUGGUCUUUGGUCAUUAGUGUUCAAUGUGUCAAAUCUAUUCUUGAGGUGGUGUCUAAAUUCAAGUGGGAUAUACUCAAGGUCUUACUUUGGCUCCUGGGGACUUCUUCUAAUUUUCUUCAGCUUCAACUUGAACGUAUGAGCAGUUGACAGUCUGUUCCGCAGUCGGCCCCUGGCCUUGUUCUGACUGAUGAUAUUGAGCUUCUCCAUUGUUUCUUUCCACAGAUGUAGUCGAUCUGAUUCCUGUGUGUUCCAUCUGGUGAGGUCCAUGUGUAAAGUCACUGAUUAUGUUGUUGAAAAAAGGUAUUUGCAAUGAAUAAGUCAUUGGUCUUGCAAAAUUCUAUUGUAUGAUCUCUGAUACUGUUUCUAUCACCAAGGCCAUAUUUUCCAACUACCAACCCUUCUUUGAUUCCAACUUUCAUAUUCCAAUCACCAGUAAUUAUCAAUGCAUCUUGAUGGCACAUUUGAUCAAUUUCAGACUAUAGCAGUUGGUGAAAACCUUCAAUUUCCUCAUCUUUGGCAUUAAUGCUUGGUGCAUAAAUUUGAAUAAUAAUCAUAUUACCUGGUCUUCCUUAUAGGAAUAUGGAUAUUAUCUUACUACUGACAUUGUACUUCUAGAUAGAUAUUGAAGUGUUCUUUUUGUUGAUGAAUUGUGACUCCAUCCCUUUUCAAUUUGUCAUUCCCAGAACAGUAGACUAUAUGAUUGUCUGAUUCAAAAUGGCCAGUAUCAGUCCAUUUCAGGUCACUAAUGCCUAGAAUAUGCCUAGAAUAUUGAUGUUUAUGUGUUCCAUUUCAUUUUUGACAAUUUCCAAUUUUCUUAGAUUCAUAGUUUGUACAUUCCAUGGUCCUAUUAUUAAUGGACAUUUGCCGAUGUUUCUUAUCAUUUUGAGUUGUGUCACAUCAGGAAAUGAAGUUCCAAAAGCUUGACUCCACCUAAAUCAUUAAGGUUAAUUCUACUUUGAGGAGGCAGCUUUUCCUCAGUCAUAUUUUGAGUGCCUUCCAACCUGAGGGGCUCAUCUUCCAGAACUAUAUCAGACAAUGUUCUGUUGCUAUCCAUUAGGUUUUCACUGGCCAAUUUUUCCAGAAGUUGACCAUCAGAUCCUUCUUCCUUGUCUGUCUUAGUCUGGAAGCUCCACUGAAACCUGUCCACGGGUGACCCUGUUGGUAUUUGAAAUACCGAUGGCAUAGCUUUCAGCAUCACAGCAACAUGCAAGCCAGCACAGUACAGCAAACUGACAGACAAGUGGGUUAUAUGGUAGGUGUAUAUUUAACUUCGUAAGAAACUGUCAAACUGCUUUCUGGAGUGGCUAUUAAAAACACAAACAAAUAAAACAAAUCCAAUGCCAUCAAGUCGAUUCUGACUUAAAGUGAUCCUAUAGGACAGAGCAGAAUGGCCCCAUAGGGAUUCCAAGGCUGUAAAUCUUUACUGGAGUUGACUGCCACACUUUCUUCCAAGGAGCAGCUGGCAGAUUCAAACCAUGGACCAUUUGAUUAGCAGCUGAGCUCUUAGCCACUGUGCACCAGGGCUCCUUUACCACUCUGUGUUUCCACCGGCACUGUACGAGAGUUCCAGUUACUCUGCAUCAUCACUAGCACUUAGUAUUGUCAGUGUGUUUUAUUUCAGGCAUUGUAAUAGGUAUGUAGUGGACGCUCAUCACGAUUUUAAUCUGUAUUUCCCUAGCGGCUAGUGAUUUACAUUCUUAUUUUCUAUCUUUGAUGAAAUGACUGUCCAAGUGCAUUAGCCCCUUUCUUAAGCUGGUUGUUUUCUUAUUGUUGAGUUUUGAGAGCUUUUUUUAAAUUAAUUCUGGAUACUAUUUUUUUGACAGAUACAGGACUUGCAAACAUUUUCCCCCAGCCUGUGGCUUGUCUUCUUAUCCCCUGAACAGAGUCAGUGAAGCCUUCUUUAAUCAAGACGUUGAGGUCAGGGUUCAUGACUUUCUCUAUUUUAUGCAGAUUUUUGUUUGGUAAUAGAAAUUUUUGACUUGCUGGCCUGACAGACUGGAGAAACCCUGAGAGUAUGGCUCCCAGACACCCUUUCAGCUCAGUAAUGAGAUCACCUCUGGGGCUCACCCUUCAGCCAAAGAUUAAACAGACCCCAUGCAAAAGGGGUGCCCCAGCCCAGGGGCAGGGACUGGAAGGCAGGAGGGAACAGGAAAGCUGGUAAUAGGGAACCCACGGUUGAGAAGGGAGAGUGUUGACAUGUCGUGGAGUUGUUAACCAAUGUCAUACAACAAUGUGUGUACUGUUUGAUGAGAAACUAGUUUGUUCUGUAAACCUUCAUCUAAAGUAUAAUUUAAAAAACAAAAUAAAAAAUUGGGUGUUCUGGCUUAUGUUCAAAGUUUUAGAUUCACCUAUCGUAAAGUGGAGUGGAAGUUAGGACAAUGUUCACGUAAUGAACUCUUCCUUCUGCCGACAAAAAAAUACUUUGUCCCUGAAGGAAUUUAUUAAGAGCAAAGCAAAGAAAGCACAGAUAAAACGUGUUAUUUCGUGCAGUGCACACUCGAUAACCUUGCCAUUUCUCAUCUAACUUAGCACUGGGAACCAGAAUCACAGAGCUGUGUAUUAACACGCUUGAAUUUAAAAAUGACAUCACUCUCUGAUAGAAAUUGAGUCUGAAUUGACUGACUGGUUUGACAGUGGGAACUGGCUUUGCUAAUUAGGUUAUAUAGCAAAUAUUUUGCAAACGUGAAUAAGCUAAAAGUACAGCUACAGAUUUUUGAGGAAAAUAUAUUUCAAGCAUACAACCAGUUGAAAGCAACUAUUCGAAAAAGUAUAUAGCAAAGGCAUGUUGAAAAUGCUAAUUUCACCAGCUUUUUCUGAGUAUAUCAGGUUAAACAAGGUGACUCCUACUAAAAGAGUGACUGGUAUAAUUGAUAGUUAUUUGAUAAACUUUAGUAAAGUCUUUUUUGGCAUGCUUCCCAGAAAAUCGGAAACAGAAUACCUCUGACUUUUGCAACACAGGUGGUUUCAAAUUCCUUGCUUUCAGCCAAAAAAAAAAAAAAAGGAAAAUCAAA